CAUUCUUACCAAACGCGUCCACGGUCUCACGUAUUGGGAGCUCACCGCAUUUCGGCAUUGAUGCACAGUAAUCAAACAUGAGAGGUAAACUUUUUAAUCCAUGGCGAACAAGACCUCUAAAAAUAACCGAGUGCUUCAUUGUUACCCGCUUAAGUGAAUGAAGAGAAUGAUUUGGGGACAUUUUUGUUUGGACGCGCGGUAGUGUUGCCUGCUGGUGGGGACCGGGGUCUCGGAAAAAGUCCGUUUUCUCUCGGAUACGCACCAGCGCGCUGUUCGCUAGUUCACCGCGGAUCUGCUGUUAAGUUGCAAAGCAGCACUUCUCUCUCUCUCUCCCUCUAUCUCUCUCUCGGUCCUUUACUAGAGAGGAGACUUGUUGCGCGCCCCACCGACACUCUCGCUCGGGGCGCACGGAGAUGUUCGGUACACCCGUUAGCAAAUACGAAUCCAUUUAAUUCUCACAGAUGUUCUGCUUCACUGAAGUUGGGUCGGUAUGCAUGAAGAAGAACCACAAAGUGAUAUUACGGAGACCACGAGUAGAGUAGCCUAUUUUAAAUGUGACCAGUUUUCAGCGCAAUUACGAACAUUGGAAUCAUCGCCACCGGUUGCCUCGAUUUUAAAUGAGCCGCAUUUGUUUAAUCCUGGGAACAUUAAAUCCCAUGCAUCGUUUGUGGAGGACACAAGUAUAAACUUCGCCGUGUUUCUGAAAAGUGCAUUUUAAUUAAACUUUUAUUUUAUUUUUUAACGCAUACUUGUGAUGUCGGAGAGGGACUGUUACGGGGACGGUACGUGCGGGGAUGGAGCCCCAGACUUCGUCCCCCCCAGGGCGUCCCGGGGAGGCAGGCGAAGCGGAGUCAUCCUACCGCCCGAGCGCGAAUCCGAGACUCCGGAGGCAGUUUUGCUGGAAUCGGUCAAGGCGGCUCCGCGGAGGAGCAGCAUUAUCAAGGACCCGUCGGUGGCUAAGGUCAGCGGUGGGCGAAAGAAAACGGUCUCCUUCAGUAGCAUGCCUUCCGAGAAGAAGGUCAGCAGUGCGGCAGACUGCCUGGCGUUCAUGCAGGGUGGCUGUGAGCUGAAGAAGGUGCGGCCCAACUCGCGCGUCUACUGUCGCUUCUACACGCUGGACGCCGAGCAGGGCUGCCUGCGCUGGGAGCCCUCGAAGAAGGACACCGAACGCGCCCGCCUCGACAUCUCCGCCGUCCGGGAGGUGCGCACGGGCAGGAGCACCGAGACCUUCCUCCACAACGGGCCGUCGGACCUGCUCGCCGAGGAGGCCGCCUUCUCCAUCCUCCACGGGGACGAGUACCAGUCGCUGGACCUGGUGGCGCUGUCGGCGGACGUGGCCAACAUCUGGGUGACGGGCCUGCGGUACCUGGUGUCCCACCCCGGGGCCCUGGGCGGAGGAGGGGUAGGGGAGGGAGGGGUUCUGGAGGGCAGCGUGGGGAGCAGGAUGAGGAGGGACUGGCUGGCAGCGGAGUUCGCGCAGGGCGACGAGGAUGGGCACGGGAUCGUGUCGGAGGACACGGCAGUGGCCGCCAUCUGCAGACUCUGCCCCGGCAUCAAGGAAGCAAAGGUGCGCCUGCGCUUUAAAGAGAUCCAGCGUAGCAAGGAGAAGCUGACCACGCACGUGACGCUGGAAGAGUUCCAGGAGGCUUACUGCGAGCUGUGCACCCGGCCUGACGUGUACUUCCUGUUAGUGCAGCUGUCCAAAGACCGCGAGUGCCUGGAUGCUCAGGACCUUCGGCUCUUCCUGGAGUCUGAGCAGGGCUUGCCCCUGGCCACCACCGAGGGCUGCCUGGAGCUGGCCAGGCGAUUCGAGCCCUCCGCUGCCGGCCGAGAGAAAGGCCUCCUCGGCCUGGACGGCUUCAGCCGUUACCUGCAGUCCACCGAGUGCCAGCUGUUCGACCCAGAGCACCAGCACGUCUGCCAGGACAUGAACUUGCCCAUGUGCCAGUAUUACAUCAGUGCCUCCUACCGCUCCUACCUGCUGGAUGACCAGGUACACGGCAGGGCAGAUCUGGGGGGGCUGACACGGGCCCUGCAGGCCGGGUGUCGGUGUUUGGAGCUCGGCGUGACCGACGGACCUGACGGGGAACCGCUCCUGGGCGUGGACUACGGACCAGACAGCAAAUAUUACCACCACCAUGCCCAUCAUCAUCAUCAUCAUCAUCAUCACCACCACCACGGCCCAGUCGCUCUGCGCACUGCCCUGGAAGUGGUCCACAAAUACGCCUUCCUCACCUCACGGUACCCGCUGCUGUUGUACUUGUGCCAGCGAUGCUGCCCCGGUCAGCAGCGCACCCUGGCGCAGCACCUGAAGAAGGUGUUCGGAGACGAGCUGUACAAGCCCGAAGCUCCGCCCCUCAGCCCCGUGGGACGUGGCACCACGCUGCCCUCCCCCGAGCAGCUAAAGGGAAGAGUGGUGUUGAUGGGCAAGAAGCUGCCUCCGGACGAGGAAGGCUCCGAGGGGGAGGUGUCCGAGGAGGACGAGGAGAUCGCGGGCGGAGGUCCGCUGGCGGGCCGUCGGAUGACCAUCCCUGGGGAGGAGGAGCUGGGUGUGGUCCUGGUUGUGCCCCCGCCCCCGCAGCCCAGACGGCUCCGAUUGCGGCGGGAACUCUCCGACCUGAUCGCGGUGGCCCGCAUCGGCAGCCGCAGUUUCUACGCCCGCCGCUCCGGCUCCCAGCAGAACCAGCAGUCCUCGCCGCCCUCCACGCCCUCCACGCCCUCCACGCCCAGCACCCCUCUCCCCCCGGAGCCCCCGGACUGGACGGUGUGCUCCCUGGGAGAGGGUGAGGCCGGCCGGCUGGCCAGCGAGAGCCCUGAAGAGCUGGUGGGCUUCACCAAGCGCUGCCUGACCCGGGUGCGGCCCAGCUCGGUCCGGCUGGACUCCAGCAACCCAAACCCGCAGGGCUACUGGAAGGGUGGCGUGCAGCUUGUGGCGCUCAACCAGCAGACACCCGGCGCCAUGCUGGACCUGAGCCGCGGGCGCUUCGCGCAGAACGGGGCCUGCGGCUACGUGCUCCGGCCAGCCGUCAUGCGAGAGGAGGUCUCCUACUUCAGUGCCCAGUCACAGGGCUGCGUGCCAGGUGUGCCCCCUCAAACCCUCAGGGUGAAGGUGAUAAGCGCCCACAACCUGCCCAAACCGCAGGGCUCUGGGGCCAAGGGCGAGGUCAUCGACCCGUACGUGGUUCUGGAGCUGCACGGUGUGCCGGCGGACUGCGCCGAGCAGAGGACCCGAACCGCCGCCCAAAACCAGGAUAACCCGCUGUUCGACGAGACCUUUGAGUUUCAGGUGAACAUGCCAGAGCUGGCUCUGCUGCGCUUCGUCAUUCUAGAUGACGACUACAUCGGUGACGACUUCAUCGGCCAGUACAGCAUCGCCUUUGAGUGCCUCCAGUCUGGCUACCGCAACGUGCCCCUGCUGGGCCUGGCCGGAGACCCCUUACCUCACGCCAGCCUGUUCGUGCACGUGGCCAUCACGAACCGCCGUGGAGGGGGCAAAGCCCAGAGACGGGGCCUGUCCGUGAGGCGAGGGGUCCGUCGAGGGCGGGAGUAUGUCACCCUCCGAAACACUGGCAUCAGAGUGCUUGAUGACACCUUCCGUUCUGCAAGCACUCCCCUCAAAGAGGCCACUGAUCUGCGAGAGGACGCACAGAGUGCGACUGUGGCUUUCAAAGAGCAGUGUGGCCUCCCCCCUGUGGCCAAACUGAAGCAGUGCAUCCAGAGCCUGGCGACAAGACUGCAAGGAGCCGAUGGGCCCCCUGGGGCCACUCUCAUUCUGAAAGAUGGUUACCCCUGCUUGGAGCCCCUCAGCAACCUGAAUGACACCACGCGCAAGCUGCUUAAUGCCUACGACGUGAUGAUCUCAGCUAAUAAGCAGCUAAUAGAAAACGCGGACGGCGUGCAGGAGAGGAUCGCCCAGGUGCAGAAAGACGGCAUGGUGUUCCAUGAGGAUUUGCCAAAGCUAGGGGAGAAGGAAAACCUGAAGGGACGCAAGCAGAGCAAAGUUGUGGAGAGCUUCACGUGGAACAUCACCGUCCUGAAGGGUCAGUGUGACCUUCUACGCACUGCUAAAAUGGAUGCUCUGGAUGCUCUGAGGCAGCUGGUGUUGGCUUGUGAGGCUUGUGGACUGGCCUUGACCUCUGAACUCCAGUACACACCACACAGCCUCACCUCCAGGCGGGGCAGUAGCCAUGGCAAUGGCCGCAUCUGAAUACUGGCUCUCUAGGCCCCGCCUCUUCAGGCCCCGCCCCCCCAGGUCUCGCUUGAUCCGGUCCCACUUUCCUAAGUCUCCCUUCCCAGCCACGUGAGAGAUUCCCUGAAGGCGUGCAGAGAGAAUUGGAAAACGGACGCAGGGCUGGGUGAAAAGCUUUUCGUUAGUGCAAUAGAUAGAGCCAGCGGAGUGUGACCAUUUGCUGUGAAUGUAUAGAUCUGGGUUUACAUACUGAGUACUGAAUACCAUGUACCAUUGGGAAAUGUAAAGUGAGUUCCUCAUUGAUGCAUACAUAUAGGCCCCUUCUGUGUGUAAAAAGAGAAUCAGAAAUAUUUUACUUAAAAUGUCCUUACAAAGUUUCUGAAAAAGAACUAAACUACUAUGUAACAUUCUUGUGAAAACUGUUAACUUGGAAAGAGAGUUCCACUUAGCACAGGGUGGUCUGAGGCCUCCCGCAGAGAGCUGUUUUAGGUACUGUUGCUUUCUCAUACUCAGUGUUGCUCUGUGGUUGUGCUGUGUGCUGGAAGCGAAUCGUCAUUUCUGGAGCGCUGAGUAGAAAAAAAAGCUCCUGCAACCUCUUAGAUUCACAAGGGGCACUUUCACUCAACCGUUGCUUUACGCCCAUGGCCCGUGACCAUUGCACCGUGUCACCAGUCAAAUCAAGAACCCAUCGAGACCUGCAAAUGUUCUCCUUUAAGAUGCUCUGUCUCCUGUCACAGCUAGGAGCUGCCUCCCGUACUAAGUUUGACUGAGAAGUGAAGCUCGUUAGGAGGCAACACCGAAGGACAUAUCCCUCCAACUCCAGCAGUCCUCUGAGAUGGCCUGGUCUGUCACGUCUGGUCCCAGUAACAGAAGUAGCAGGAGAUGCCAUUGUCUCAUUACAGGUGCACAGUGGACAUGACUUAGCAGUGUUACUGUGUCACCGGGGCCUUCUGCUCAAGCCCUUUACAGAAUAACCAGUGGUGAGCGUCCCACUGCAGUGGCAAAUCCAGACUGGACAGUGUCCAAACUGCUUAGGAUCAGAUGGGAGAUGCCAGAAGGAAAUGAGAGAAGGAAAAAGGAUGUGAGGGGUGUGUGACCCCAUGUUAGCGAUUUGUAUCAUCCUGUCACUUCGUUUUACAAUAUUGCCCUCUACUGGCCAAUAACUGUAAAUGCCAUGAAGAACCGUCCUAAGGAUCCCCCACAUUAGCGAGGUCACAAGUUGGGGUUUCAGUAUCCAACACCUCUGUAACAAUGGGAUUCUGACCCCAUGUGACUUCUUCUCUCUUUGUUCUGGUUUGAACAAGCAAAAGGACGACAGCAUUCACCUUCAGUGCUUCUGAAUGAAUGUUCAAACGUGACAUUGGGCACUGGGAGCCCUGAACAAGCAGCUGAAUCCUGAGAUGGCUGAAGGCCACUGAAGCAUUAACUAGCGCCAUGGCAACGUUGUGGAAUCUGUCGUUUAACACUUUUUAUUAGUAUUGCUGCAUAGAGGGAAAGCUUCUGCCGUUAUUGUCAAAUGCUUAAAAGAAAACACAAAAAGGAGUUGUCAUGUUAGAAUUUAGCUUUCCUCUCUCCAUAUUAACAAGGUAAUAUAGAAGUGAAAAUAUGUAACAUACCUUUUUUUUUCUUUUACUAUGAAUAAGAAGUGUGUCAAUUAGUGUGUCAAUAUGUGUGUGACCUUUUUGUGUAGGUAAGUGUGUUUAGGUUUGUGUAUGUGUGUGAAUGUUGAUUGUAAGGGGAAAAACAUUCUGGAUGUGAAGGAUUUCUCUGCUGUCUGAAGAAUUGGAUUGUUUCUUCCUAAAGGACCGAUGACUGUUGAUGACAUUUGUCUCUAGUUUCCUACAUGGUCUUAAGAAGAACGGCCAGAUCAGAUUCAUCAGUUGGGAACCAAAAGUGCUUUCCACUUUCAUACCACACAUGCACACGGAACAUUCAUAUAAUAACCAACAGCUUCGAACGAAUUAGUGGUUGACUCGCUGUCCUUCAUUCCACUGACACGUUCUUCAUUUUCCUCUCAGAUCUUUCUAGAUACGCACACCUCUUUCACCUCGUCCUGCUGCCCUUUCUUUUUCCCCUCUCUCCCUGACCAGGGUGAGAUAUCAGCGCGGCUGCACAUUGCCAGAGCUUUUUUUCCCUGUGUUCCUGCGUUCCCAUUCCUCACGGUCUCUCCACCCCUGAGUGAGAAGUAUGUAUUACAGUGGUGCAAGGCCGCGCAAUGUACACAAGGUGAAUUGUGUGGCUCUGCUUGUGUGUGUGUGUGUGUGUGUGUGUGUGUGUGUGUGUGUGUGUGUGGGUGUGUGUUUGCACGUGUGCUUUUGCUUGGGAGCCUCACAUUCAGCAAAUGGACUAAGAGCUGAAGAACGUCUUAAACAAUGGUUAUUAUGUGUUGGAGAGAACUUCACCAGUCUCCUGGUGAACAGUAGAAUUAAUUAAAUGUGCAAUUUGCCUAUAAUGGAACCUUGAGGCAUCCCUUAGUGUCCUGUUUGUAUGAACUGCCUCCUACUGACCCCAAACAUCCCUCUUCAGGAUCUUUUUACCAGGCUAAGGAUCCAUAGGUGAAUAAUGAAUGUCCAGUCAUGGUAUUAGCUUUCUGUUUCCGUUUACAUACAAGGACAGUGACUCAGCAUGGGUCACAAGAGUACUAGGUUAGAUCAGCAGAGCAAUGUUCAUGUCCAUAAGAUUAGAUGGAGGUCAAAUACUGUUUGUUAGAGUAGAGUGAUAACAGUACUGCCGAGCUAGACACACACACACACACGCACAAACAAUUGAUUAGUUUUUGGGCUGUUUAGCUUGCAGUGGAAAUACCUUUGUUUUCUCAUAGAAAAUCUACUGCAUACGUUCAGGUUUUUAUAGAAUUGCAAACUGUGUAACAGCAAACUUGGGUAGAAUUACAUAAAUCAUCAGUCGAAAUGGUUAAGUAAAUAUUCGGAGUUGGUAUGAGUGUCUUAAAAUGGCACCAGUCCUGUUCUUAAUGUUAUCUCUAGUAGUAUGUAAAUGAGCACUAAAACAAUUUAACAUUAUUUUCUGAAACUGCAUUCACUUUGAAUACUUCAGUAUUAAGUAAAGGUGAACACCUCAAAUGUUGCUUUAGAAUUUCACUGUUCAUUUACCCAAAUCGCAUCUCUAAAAGUGAAGCAGUAGCCCACAUUGUCUUCAGUGGCCUCUUUUCUGUUCGACUGCCUUUACACUGAUCUUUAAAAAACAAAUCUGAUAUUGUUUUGUCUAACUCAUAUCACUAGUUGUUCUUAUGUAAACAAAGAGUAUUUAUUAAAGGUAUCAUGUGUUAAACAAAACAAAACAAAAAACAAAGCUUUAAAAUGACCUUGCUUUUAUUUUGAAAAGCCAGAUUGUAUUCUAAAAGAUUAACAAAUAUCAAUGUAAUACAGAUGUGUCCUAGACUAAAUAAAGCUUUUACUGACUAUCC